AUGGAGCUCAGGUCAAUGUCGAGGCGACCACCGCCGCCGUACACGCAAGUGAACGGUCCAGAACACGUGAACUUGCAGGAUGAUUCCGCAAGCAAACAUCAAAAUGGUUCCAAUAAAAUGAGACUAGAAGAGGUUGAAGACAGACCCACAAUAAUAAUCACAAGCGGUUGCUCGAAAUUCUCAAGAUGCAGAUCUAUCAGCUACGGCAUCACUGGACUGUUGGUUAUCCUCAUCUGUGUUCUGCUGACCACCUUAUUGUUUCCUUAUCCGCUGCAUGCUUCCUGUAUCGUCAAAUGGAAAUUUGGUGACCCCUGCACACACACUAUGCAGAAGUUCCGAAGUCAAAUCCUUACCUGGUCGUUCUGGGUCAACUGUGGCCCACGUGGUAGCAAGUGUUUGUACUCGCUCAAAGCACCGAUACCAGAUGAAGGUAAUGUGAUCAGAGCCAUUCACCUUGGAUCGAACAUGAAGAUAAUGGAGACCAUAAAAAUCACGUUUGAAGAGGUGAACAAGACCUGUGUGGCAACGGGCGAAUCUGUGUCUAACGAAUGGUUCAGGGUAUUCGAUUACAGUACAAAUUACUGCAAUCUGAGGAACUUGGUGACCGGUAUCGGUUUCGACAAGAGUCCCAGGUUUCUGGAGCUGACCACAAACGCGAUUUGCACGCAAUACAACAUGGCAGUCUGCGAGUAG